ACCACCUGCGUGUCUGAGACCUAGAGUUCCAGCGAUCCCCUCACUGCUCUGUCUCCUCGUAGUGUUUCACGUCUUCUCUAAAUGAUCAUUUCUUCUCUCUGCGUCAAGGUCACAGGGCUAGAGCACAGUCGGCAACCUGCCCUGUUCACCCAGCCACAACCUCCUGAGACAGGGGCGGAUCCUCUGGGGCCCCACCCUAGACCUGCAGACUCAGAUACUCGGGGUGGGGGUGGGGGGCCUCAGAGCUGCCCUUGACCCAUCCCUCAAGGCAAGUGCCAGUUGGUUUAAGUUCAAGAAUGACUGUCCCGGGUUAUUUAGCUCCUUUGCCCUUUUUUCGUGCCUUGGGAGGAGAUUUGGUACUGAAAAAUCCUCAAAUACAGUGGCUCCCUAAAAUUUCAGAGUCAUGUGAAAAGCUCCUUUAAGAUUUUUGUUAUUAAUACAAAAUCUGCUGUUGUGAAAUCUGUUGUUGGGGUCCAAAUUUAGGAUCAUCCAGGUAAGAAGGGUACUUGAAGCACUAUCUUUCCCAUGUCCUCUACAUCAUACCUUGAACCAGGUGUCUAAAAACCACCAUCACCACCGCCUAUUUGUUGACUCAUUGGUUAUCUCCAGUUGAGCCCAAGCAGGGUGUUAUGGGCUAGAUAAGAAGGAGCUUUUCAUCCAGGCCAGGCACGAUGUAGGUUUGGAACCUAAAGUCUAUAUAAUUCUGAGAGUUUCAUAAGAAAAAAAAAAAAGAUUUAGUAAUUUAGCAGAUUUUACAGAAAUAAGACUGACUAUGAGUGCAUUUCCUCGCAAGGGGCCCUGAGCUUAAUCUUUGGGAUCAAGCCACUCCUGUCCACUCUGCACAUCAUACUACAGCACGCCUCUUCUCCCUCGUCCCUGAGUAGCCCCGGGGUUGUGCAGGUUGAGACCACUCUCUGGACACUUUAGUGAGGCACUCACCUGUCCGGCCAGUGGGACCUGAAGACUGCAGUGUUAGAAGCCUUCUGGGGACUAAAAGAGGGUCUGGAAACAAAGUGAUUGAGAUUACAGGAAAAUGACUAGAAGGCAGUUGUGGAGCUGUGGGAAACAGGAAAUUUGAAAUGAGAAGUAAGGAGAGAGUGCAGAGAUGUAACAGGAAAGGAAUAGAAUUUGCAGAGAAAAAAUAAUUGGUUUUCUGCUCCUUGUAAGCAGGCUUGAAAAAUGCUUUCCUGUAGCUUCCUACGUGUGGCCACAGAUUUUCUCUGAGACAUUAAGGAAGGAUUUUGCAAACGUGUAUUGGAAAAAAUAUCGGUAUCAGAGAUGAUUGGUGGGUUGGUUAGGCUCGGGUUGGGUAGGCUCCUGAAAAUUCAAUCCAAGCUCUAAUUAUGUCAUCUCAGAAUUGUGAGAAUCAUUCCCUCAAGGUAACUGCUAUUAAAACGAGAACUUUUUGGUCAAUAUGCCUGUUUCUUCUAUUAAAGAAAUUUUUUUUCCUCAUCUAAAUUAAUGGAUAUAUUUAUUGGAAAGGACUCAGCAAGGUCAGUGGAAAACUUUCUCACAUUUUACCUAAGUUGACGUUUGAACGUUAAAUUUUUAAUGUUUUUUAGAAGGCUUGGCCCCUAUUUCACUGAUAUCCUAGGCCUAAAAUACAGCUUUGGGAUUGGGCUUCUGUUAACUCUCUAGGUUUAUGGGGUUUCUUCAGGGCAGGUAAGUAGACUGCUGUAAAGCACCUGAGUGAGGCAAUGCUCUGAUGCAGCCAGUCUGUGACCUUGAAGCUCACAAUCUCUUGUCUCCUGGUCCUCUGAAGUGCAAAACUAGUUAUGUUGGUAUUACUGUCAAGUGGGUUUUUAGCUUUCAUUCUUCUAACUUGUUUUCUGUUUCCUUUAUCAUCUAAAUGGUACCUAAUAAUAUUGCCUGCCUGUAAUGACUGAUGUUCCUUAUGCUCCCAGCGUCACCUGGAGGAUGGUGUCGGUAAGGCCUGAAAAUCACGCAUGUUGACAAACGUGUUUGUUCACAUCAGUUGAGAGCUGCAGUUCCCUGCCUCAUCCCCCAAUUUGAAGAGGCAAGAAAUGUUUUUGAAGUUAACUAAAGGUGACUGAACUUAAUGAACCUCUCUCCAAUGAAGACCGAAACCUCCUCUCCGUGGCCUACAAGAACGUGGUCGGUGCCCGGAGGUCUUCCUGGAGGGUCAUCAGCAGCAUUGAGCAGAAGACCAUGGCUGACGGGAAUGAGAAGAAGCUGGAGAAGGUGAAGGCCUAUCGGGAGAAGAUUGAGAAGGAGCUGGAGACGGUGUGCAACGAUGUGCUGGCGCUGCUGGACAAGUUCCUCAUCAAGAACUGCAACGACUUCCAGUACGAGAGCAAGGUCUUCUACCUGAAGAUGAAGGGCGACUACUACCGCUACCUGGCCGAGGUGGCCUCUGGCGAGAAGAAGAACAGUGUGGUGGAGGCCUCAGAGGCGGCCUACAAGGAGGCCUUCGAGAUCAGCAAGGAGCACAUGCAGCCCACACACCCCAUCCGGCUGGGCCUGGCCCUCAACUUCUCCGUGUUCUACUACGAGAUCCAGAACGCGCCCGAGCAGGCCUGCCUCCUCGCCAAACAGGCCUUCGACGACGCCAUAGCCGAGCUGGACACACUAAACGAGGAUUCCUAUAAGGACUCCACGCUCAUCAUGCAGCUGCUGCGAGACAACCUCACCCUCUGGACGAGCGACCAGCAGGACGAGGAAGCCGGAGAAGGCAACUGAGCGCCUUGGCCCGCCCCGCCCCCGCCCCUUCACCACCAGCCCCUCCUCGCCACACUCACUCAGUAUCCAGUGCUCAACCUAUCUGUACGGCAGCACAGCUACUCAGACCUGCUCUCCGCCCCGGGAAGCAGUUCCAGAUAAAUCAAUUCAUGGGCAUUGCUGGACUGACGGUUGCUUUGAGCCCACAGGAGCUCCCUUUUUGGAUUGUGCAGACAGGUGCGUUCUGAAGGAGGCAUUUUCGUUUGCUUGCCUGUCUAGGUGAAGUGCAGGCGAAAGCCACAGAAAGUUAGAGAGGAGAAUUAGCCACCCAGGCUACAGUUGGUAUUUAAAUGGUCCACUUCAAACCAGCUGCUAGUGUUUUGUUAAAGCAGUACAUCUGUGCAUGCAAAAGUGAAUUCACCCCUCCCUCUUCUUUCUUAGCUAAUGGAAACCCAUUAAGGGAAGCCGGGACGAGAGACCACUUGCUCCUUUCCAUCAGCUUAAUAAUAAACUUUAACGUGAGGUUUCAGUAGCACCUUGUUCGCCUCUUUAAAUUAUGACGUGCACAAACCUUCUUUUCAAUGCAAUGCAUCUAAAGUUUUGAUACCUGUAACUUUUUUUUUUUUUUGGUUGCAAUUGUUUAAGAAUCAUGGAUUUAUUUUUUGUAACUCUUUGGCUAUCGUCCUUGUGUAUCCUGACAGCGCCAUGUGUGUCAGCCCACGUCAAUCAAGAUGGGUGAUUAUGAAAUGCCAGACUCCUAAAUUAAAUGUUUUGGAAUUCAGUGGGUAAAUAAAAAUGCUGCUUUGGGGAUAUUA